GCGCGACGUCAAGCUUCAGGUCUCUCGUUUGGGUAAAAUUUCUUGUCAAUUUCUUUACUGAUAAGUAAACAUCUGCUUAGAAUUUCCAAACAAAUACUAGUCAUAAAUUUUAAUCACUUGGUUAACAUGGAUGCAGAAUCUGUUCUCGAAGAAAAAAUUCAAAACAUUAAUGCUAAAACUCAUUAUCUUAAGGAACGCGAGAAAUCCCUGGAGGACAUGGCAAUCAAAAUCACUUGUCUGCAGUCUGCUAUAUCCAAUCUUAAGGAUCACUCAUUACUUGCUGAAUGAAAGGACUAAGGCUCUAGAAGAGGAGGUACACUGUCUUUGGGCUGUUUCAAGAAAGAACAAUUUUGAUCUUCAUAUUUUAGAGUCGAAGGCACAGGACACCGAGGAUAGACUGGAAGUUGAUACUUCACAAGUAGAAAAGAUGGCAGAAGUUGUUACAGAACACUGGAUUCAAAUUCAACAGCUUGAGCAGGCACUUCAAAUUGCUGAAAUGAGGGCAUUACAAGCUCAAAAGCAAAGGAUUAUGAGAUGCACAUUCUUGAAGUUCAUUAAUGGCGUUUCUGGAAGACAUCUUCCGAAGAUGUCCGGGGCAUUGUAUUCUUAUUCAUUGGGAAAAAGAACAAUCAUAAAAUCCGACAUGUCUCAAGCUCUGCAACAAUUGAGAAGAUUUUACUCAGCAAUUGAAAAGUACCACAAUGAGUUGCAAGGUUUCAUCAAACAAGAAAUGCAAGGAAAUGAAGUUGCCGCAGCUUUUUUCAAUAUUGAACUGGUAUUACUUCUGGCUUCUGCGUUCAUCACCUUCCCUAUACUGGGUGCUUGGAUGCUGGUUCUAUCAUGGUUCAGCUAAGUCCAGCUAGUGGAUUUACCCUGAAAUAACGGGUAUCAUCCAAGCUGCUGCAGUUUGUUUG